CUACACUCAACCGCAACACGACCGACAAAUAUGGUCUCCAUCAAGCGCUUACAAUCACUGCUGCCUGAUGAACCCAAAUCGCACCACCUAGGAGGAAACCCACCAACAGGAUUCCAAAACCCCUGGCCAUCAUUCACCACCGACAGUGAAGGACUUUUAUCUAUCUUCAAGACCAAAUUCGCUCGAGACAAGCCUGCAUUUGUCCCUGUGCCUGAUCGGUCGCAAUUAGCACAGAUCCAUAAGAUCGACUUUGACGAAUCCAAAUCAAAUCCUGGUUUCAGCGUUACUUGGAUAGGUCAUGCCAGUUUUCUCUUACAGACGUCUCGACCAGAAAAUCAGCCACGCGGUAUCAAUAUCUUAUGCGACCCGGUGUUUUCAGAACGAACAUCGCCUGUGACGUUCUUGGGACCCAAGAGAUACUCGCCAACGCCGUGCACGUUGCAGGAAUUACUCGAUCAUAUCGAUAUUGAUUUGGUGUUGAUUUCACAUAAUCAUUAUGAUCAUGCGGAUGUUGAAACACUCAAGGCAAUCUAUGCGACGCGAGGAUCGAAGGUUCAUUUCCUCGUUGGAUUGAACAGUUCACGCUGGUUAAUCCACCAUGGCAUCCCCGCAACCUGUAUCUCUGAACUCGAUUGGUGGGAUCAACUCGAGAUCAAACUAGAUGAACAUAAGAACUCGACCUCGUCUGAAUCCUCAUCCAAAUCCGAAUCCCUCUUACGAAUCACAUGUACACCAACCCAACACUUUUCGUCCCGCAGCCCCUUCGACCGUGGCCAUGAUCUAUGGUGUUCAUACGCCAUUGAAGAACUUGAUGGCCAACACAAGAAACUAUUCUUUGCUGGCGACACGGGCUAUAGAUCCGUCCAUGAACCUAACCUCACACGUGAAGACGAGGAUCAAUUACCGACCUGCCCGGCUUUUAAACAGGUGGGGGAUUUGAUUGGUCCGUUUGAUCUGGCUUUACUGCCAAUUGGAUUGUGCGAGCCUCGCGUGUUCAUGUCAAAGAUUCAUGCCAAUUCUUGGGAUUCAAUACGGAUUCAUCAGGAUUUGAAGAGUAAGAGGUCCAUAGGGAUGCAUUGGGGGACGGUUCGUGGUGGCUUAUCUCAAGACUACGAAGACGUACGAACCCCUCCUCGGAACUGGAAACUAGCCGCUGAAGAAGCAGGUCUAGAAUUUGGCAAGGAUAAGGAAAUAGGACUUCUUGGAAUCGGUGAGGUAUUAACCUUACAGUAG